CCAUGGAGGAGUGGGAUGUACCCCAGAUGAAGAAGGAGGUCGAGAGCCUCAAGUACCAGCUGGCCUUCAAGAGGGAGAUGUCCUCCAAGACCAUCCCCGAGCUCCUCAAAUGGAUCGAGGAUGGCAUCCCCAAAGACCCCUUCCUGAACCCAGACCUGAUGAAGAACAACCCCUGGGUGGAGAAGGGCAAGUGUGCCAUCCUGUGA